CUCCACUACAUCUACAGCUGUCUGGUGUAACGUGAUGUUCUUACAGAUGCAGGAGGGGAAGAUCAUGGAGCGAAGGAAGAAAAUCGCCCUGGAGCUGUCGGAGCUGGUCGUGUACUGCCGUCCUGUGCCCUUCGAUGAAGAAAAGAUUGGCACAGAGAAGGCGUGUUACCGGGACAUGUCUUCAUUCCCCGAGACCAAGGCAGAGAAGUACGCCAGCCGCAGCAAAGGGAAGAAAUUCCUGCAGUACAACCGCCGCCAGCUGAGCCGCGUCUACCCCAGAGGGCAGCGCCUCGAUUCCUCCAACUACGACCCACUGCCCAUGUGGAUCUGUGGGAGCCAGCUCGUGGCACUGAACUUUCAGACCCCAGACAAGCCCAUGCAGCUGAACCAGGCGCUCUUCCUGCUGGGGGGGCAGAGCGGGUACGUCCUGCAGCCAGACAUCAUGAGGGACGACUUCUUCGACCCCUUUGAUAAAAGCAGCUUGAAGAUUGUGGAGCCGAUCACGGUGCAGAUACAGAUCCUGGGCGCCAGGCAUCUCCCUAAAAAUGGCCGCAGCAUCGUGUGUCCUUUCGUGGAAGUGGAGGUUUGCGGAUCAGAGUUCGAUAACAGCAAGAACAAGAGUGACGUCGUAGCGGAUAACGGCCUGAACCCUGUCUGGAUGAUGAAGGAGUUCGUGUUCGACAUCAAUAAUCCCGAGUUUUCCUUCCUGAGGUUCGUGGUGUAUGAGGAGGACAUGUUCAGUGACCCCAACUUCCUGGCGCAGGCCACGUUCCCCGUUAAGGCCUUGAAGACAGGUUAUCGAUCUGUACCCUUGCGGAACAGCUAUAGUGAGGAGCUGGAGCUCGCCGCCCUGCUGGUGCACAUAGAGAUUGUCAACGCAAAGGAGGAGGAUGAUGAGAAUCUCUACACGUCCAUCCAGCAGCUGCGGGACCGGGCCAGCGAGUUAUCCAGCCAAGUGUCCAGCUACGAACGCGCCAAUAACUGCGACUCCCGAUACCAGCAGCGACUGGACGAACUGCGCGCCGCCCAGGAGCGGCUGCUGGAGCUCACCGAAGUGCGCAACCGAAAGCUGAUGGAAAAGAAGAGGCGAGACCGGCAGCUGGCGAAUAAGCGGAACUGACCUCCUCCGCGCGGGUAUCAGACAGCGGUCAGGGACUCCAGAGACCACGGAGGUCGAGCAAGUCUGCACUGGUUGCAGCGUCUGUAGGGACCUCGGGGACAUGGACGCUCUUAUAUAUGCGCACGGGUCACAGACCUGCAAGAACUGGCGCAAAACGCAGAUUCCGACCGGACCCAACAACGCCAUUAUUUAGUUGCUGGCGGCGAUUCUCCAAGGGCUCCACUCUCGCGCUCGCUGCGGUUUUCUGCUGCUUCGUCCGGACUCCAGAUCUGCAUUUUACCUUAAACACAAUGUAUAGGCAAAUAAUAUAUAUUUAAAGAUGGCGGCCGCUCGGGACGGAUCCGCUACGUAGAACUGCACUUUAACGCUUAGAGAGCUCGGUCCUGAGGACGGCGUUGACUCGUGGAUGGAUGUGGUGGGGGACGAACACGGCUCUCUGACACUCCGAAACGCGAUAAAACAACCAAAUGAGACGUUUUCUGACCGCCGCACCGGAGAGGAGGCGCCAAUCAUGGGAGAUAGAAUAGCACAAGUGUAACAGGAACUUACUGACCCCCCCUGGAGAUUAAUGGAUCCGGCCCCAAGUGUUCCGCCAGAACGGAUCCGGCAUUGCGGUCUGCGCAUGCUCAGACUGCAAAAAAUGUAAAAAAAAAAUGGUGGAUCCGUUUUUCCG